UCGAGGGCAGUAGCACAUAUCUGUUGCGUCUGGUCUGCCGCAGAUUAAAGAGGAAGAGGAAGAAGAAGAGACGCACCAGUUGUGUUGGUUUGUCUUUAGUUCAAGUUAUUGAACAAUUUCUUGAAAUCAAAUAAUUCAGAGUGGUUAUUAUUUAAAUUAAGUGCUAUCUUAGAGAACGACACUGGCAAAUUUGCCUUAAAAAUGACAGAGGAAAACAUAAACGUUGUUGUACCAAGUGUAACAGAAGAGGACAUUAGAGUGCUGAUGAAAAGAAAGGAUGAAAUUGAAGAACAAAUCAAGGCAUAUUACGACAUGCUCCAAGAUCAGGGUGAUGUAGGAUUACAUGCUCCUCUGGUUGAUGUUGAGGGCUUUCCUCGAGCUGAUGUGGAUUUGUAUGCAGUCCGUACAGCAAGGCAAAGUAUCUCUUGUUUACAGAAUGACCAUAAAGCUCUAAUGACAGAGAUAGAAAAUGCACUUCAUACACUGCAUGCCAAUGCAAAGCUUGGGCACGAGAGGGACGAUGCAAGCACAAAAGCAGCUAAGCAGGUGGUGUCCAUGUCAUCCCCUUUUGCCAUUGUCGACACUGUAAUUCAGGGCUCCCCUGCUUUUCAAGGGGGUUUACGAGUUGGCGAUGAGGUUAUGGAGUUUGGUUCUGUAAAUACACAAAACUUCAGCAAUCUGCAUGACAUUGCUUCUGUUGUUCAACACAGUGAAGGGAAAAUCCUACGUGUUGGAGUAAUUCGGAAUGGACAAGAAACACAUCUUGUUGUGACUCCUCAGAAGUGGACUGGAAAAGGAUUACUGGGAUGCAACUUAGUACCAGUUCGCCGAUGACCAGUGGAAGUACAAAGUUUUCCAGCCAAACAACACAUCCUGGAUUUCAAGAUGUCCACUUGCCCUUUUUACUUUUGUAAUGCUACACUGCAGUGCACAUUUGAAUUUGAUGGAAGUAUAAAUGCAUGCAUUGUCGAACAAAGGUAACAAAAGGGUCUAAAACUACACAACUGCAAUAAAAUGACAUACUUGAAGUGAUAAUUUUUCAUUUUCUGUCACUGUCAUACAAGCAACAUAUAUAAAAAAUAAAUGACUGUGGCUCUGUUA